AUGGAGAACAGCACAGAGGUGGCUGAGUUCGUUCUGGUGGGCUUAACCGCUGCCCCAGGACUGCGGCUCCCGCUCUUCGUGACCUUCUUCCUUGUCUACCUCAGCACUCUGCUUGGGAACCUGGGCAUGGUGGGGCUGAUCCUGCUGGACUCCCGUCUGCACACGCCCAUGUACUUUUUCCUCAGUAACCUCUCCCUGGUGGACUUUGGGUAUUCUUCAGCUGUCACUCCCAAGGUGAUGGCUGGGCUCCUCACCGAGGACAAUACGAUGUCCCGCAGUGCCUGUGCCACCCAGUGCUUCUUCUUUGUAGCCUUUAUCACUGUAGAGAGUUUCUUGUUGGCCUCCAUGGCCUAUGACCGCUAUGCGGCAGUGUGUGCACCCCUGCACUACACCACCACCAUGACCACAGACAAGUGUGUUUGCCUGGCCACAGCCUGCUACGUCUGUGGCUUCUUGAACUCCGCCAUCCAUACUGGGAACAUCUUCAGGCUCUCCUUCUGUGGCUCCAAUGUGGUUGAUCACUUUUUCUGCGAUGCCCCUCCUCUCCUGGCUCUCUCCUGCUCAGACAGCUAUGUCACUGAGAUGGUCAUUUUCUUAGUGGUGGGUUUCAAUGCCCUCUUUGCUGUCCUUGUCAUCUUGGUCUCCUAUCUGUUUAUAUUCAUCACCAUCCUGAAGAUGAGAUCUUCCGAAGGCCGCCAGAAGACCUUUUCAACUUGUGCCUCCCACCUCACUGCUGUCUCCAUCUUCUAUGGAUCAUGCAUCUUCAUGUACCUGCAGCCCAGCUCCAGUCACUCCAUGGACACUGACAAAAUGGCGUCAGUGUUCUACAGCAUGGUGAUCCCCAUGCUGAACCCACUGGUCUACAGCCUGAGGAACAAGGAGGUGAACAAUGCCUUUAAGAAGGUGAUAGGAAAAGCAAAGUCAGCUGUGGGAUUCAUGUUUUAG